AUGGAUAAGGCUAUGGUCUCCAAGUUUACAUUAUAUCCACGUAUGGAAACUAACAUGUAUUCAUCUAUAAUUUUAUUCUCCAAGCCCAUUAGGCCACUACACCCCUUACCUCUACCUAUUGUUCCUACUCCAUCUCCUGCUUGUCCAGUCUUCAAGGAACUAACAGUACAACGUAAAAUCGUUCAACAAAAGAAACCUUUCAACGAACGCAAACUGAAUGUUAUCGAAAAAGAACGCGUUGGGAGGGUUCAAGGAAUGAUUGCUGCUCACGAGCAAGGCUUACGAAGACUGCAAAGAGGACGCAAACAAGCAAUAGAGACCAGAAGAGCACUGGAUAGGAUAAUGAAAAGAGUUGCGCUCCAACACGCAGAAACAAAGGAGGCGUCAAAUGAGGCGUUUUCAUAUUUGAUCGCCCGACAGAAGGAGAAACAAAAGGAGCUUCGUGAUUGGGUAGGAAGCUUAAAAGAAUCUGGCGGGAAAUCUAGAGCCUUGAUGCAAAAAAUGAUGAGUGAAUCAGUCGCGAAGAGUUCAGUGAAAGGAAGUCAGGAUGGAGGCGCCUUAGGGCUCAAAGUAGAGACAGCCGUCACAGCGAGAGCAAAUGACACCGAAUCGACUGACAAAUCUGGAAAUGAAAGAAGUAGGUCAAAUUCAGACCCUCGUUGCCAAGGAAACACGGUAACAUCCCGGGCCGAUAUGAUGGCUCCCGAUGGAAUAAAUCAGGUGCGCUCCUUCAUUGAUAGCCUACGUGGCAUGCGUCGAAAGGGGAGCAGGAGGGAGGGGACUGAUAAGGGAGAGAGGAUUUCCCCUCCCCUCCCCUCACUUUUCUUAUGGCGCCUGCCACGCAAGGCACUUAGUUAAAACAUUUAAAAUCGAUGCUAAUUUUAGGUACAGUACAGUUUGUAGAUAUGUACCGAUUAUCUAGAACUAUUUGAUUUUUGUUUCUCUAAUUUAUUUCACCAGGAAACGACGCCAAGCCCAUCAAAACGUCGUCAUUGGAGAUUUGGAGAUACUAAGACCAUCAAAAUGAAGGUAUUUUUAAAACAUCUAUGGUCUAAAAACUUGGUUUUAGGCUAUAAUACAUUUAAUAUUUAUUUCGCAAUUUCUACUCCAGGUACCAAUAAAAACACAGUGCGAAAUUGACAUGUUAUAUACAGCCUUGUUUGAGGGACAAACACCGUAGCGCGCUCCUCUCCACCCUACAAAAUUAACGAUAACGUCUUUGUUCUCAACAGUUCAGCCCAAACAACAAGCUCGUAAAUACAUUUGACCACGGUUCUGUGGAAGACGGCUUUUACGUUGACCUUUAA